CAGUCGAAUGGCAACAUUGUGGCGAUGCUGAGGCGCAGAGUUUAGGAGACGGGUUCAUCAGUCAGGCCGGCUCCGGGCUUUCUGCAGCAGCAGCAGCAGGGGCGGGGGCGGGGAUCUUGACCUGGGCGAGCGACCGGGACGCAUACAGCGCCGGCCUGACCCCGCGGGACCCGCGCCUCACCUCCGGAGCGCCGCAGACGCAGCUCCACGGCCUCGCGCGGGGGGCGGCGGGCGGCCGUGAGGCGCUGCGGCAGCGCGGAGCUUGUAAACAGAUCCGGCCGCAGGUGACCAUGUGAACUACCUGCUCCCGGGACGCUUAUUGUCCUUCUCUCGAUCCGCGCCACAAAGGAGCUCGGCGGUCGGGGCGCGGAGGGACAGGCGAACGAGCCGGGAGAGCCGGCCGGCGCACUAAGAUGGCUGAAGGCGCCCGGCGAGGGUGAGCGGGGGGCGCGGCGCAGCCAGCGGGGAGUCCUCGGGCGGGCCGGGCCGGCGGCCCUUCCCCGCGGCGAGGAGCCGGAGCCACCAUGUCGUUCGCGCUGGAGGAGACGCUCGAGUCGGACUGGGUGGCUGUGCGGCCCCAUGUGUUCGACGAGCGCGAGAAGCACAAAUUCGUCUUCAUUGUGGCCUGGAACGAGAUUGAGGGCAAGUUUGCCAUAACCUGCCACAACCGGACGGCCCAGAGGCAGAGGAGCGGCUCCCGGGAGCAAGCGGGGGCGCGAGGGGGCGCCGAGGCCGGCGGAGCUGCGUCCGACGGGAGCCGCGGGCCCGGCAGCCCGGCGGGCAGGGGUCGGCCCGAGGCCACUGCCUCUGCAACUCUGGUUAGGAGCCGCGGGCCCCGGCGGAGCUCGGCCUGGGCGGAGGGCGGCUCUCCUCGGAGCACUUGCAGCCUUCUGGGGGACCCGCGGCUGCGGAGUCCUGGCAGCAAAGGGGCGGAGAGUCGUCUUAGGAGCCCAGUGCGGGCCAAACCCAUCCCAGGUCAGAAAACAUCUGAAGCCGACGAUGCGGCGGGGGCAGCUGCUGCAGCAGCCCGGCCGGCGCCCAGAGAGGCCCAGGUGUCCUCUGUACGGAUAGUGAGCGCCUCUGGGACGGUCUCCGAGGAGAUAGAGGUGCUGGAAAUGGUGAAGGAGGACGAGGCACCUCUGGCGCUCUCGGACGCGGAGCAGCCGCCGCCCGCUACCGAGCUGGAGUCUCCGGCCGAAGAGUGCAGCUGGGCCGGACUGUUCUCUUUCCAGGACCUGCGCGCCGUGCACCAGCAGCUGUGCUCGGUGAACUCGCAGUUGGAGCCGUGCCUGCCGGUGUUCCCCGAGGAACCUUCGGGCAUGUGGACUGUGCUGUUUGGGGGCGCCCCCGAGAUGACCGAGCAGGAAAUCGACACUCUGUGUUACCAGCUCCAGGUCUACCUGGGCCACGGCCUGGACACCUGCGGCUGGAAGAUCCUCUCCCAGGUGCUCUUCACCGAGACCGAUGAUCCCGAGGAGUAUUACGAAAGCCUCAGCGAACUGCGGCAGAAGGGCUACGAAGAAGUACUUCAGCGGGCCAGGAAGCGCAUCCAGGAGCUCUUGGAUAAGCACAAGAAUACAGAGAGCAUGGUGGAGCUUCUGGACUUGUAUCAGAUGGAGGAUGAAGCCUACAGCAGCCUUGCAGAAGCUACAACCGAACUCUAUCAGUAUUUACUACAGCCAUUCCGAGAUAUGAGAGAACUUGCCAUGCUACGAAGACAGCAGAUCAAGAUUUCCAUGGAGAAUGAUUAUCUGGGACCUCGAAGAAUUGAGAGUCUACAAAAAGAAGAUGCUGAUUGGCAGCGGAAAGCUCACAUGGCUGUACUGUCUAUUCAAGAUCUUACUGUCAAGUACUUUGAAAUAACAGCUAAAGCUCAAAAAGCUGUGUAUGAUCGAAUGCGAGCUGAUCAGAAGAAAUUUGGUAAAGCAUCAUGGGCAGCAGCUGCUGAACGGAUGGAAAAACUCCAAUAUGCAGUUUCUAAGGAAACUUUGCAGAUGAUGAGAGCUAAAGAGAUAUGCUUGGAACAGCGGAAACAUGCACUAAAGGAAGAGAUGCAGAGUUUGCGGGGUGGUACAGAAGCCAUAGCACGAUUGGAUCAGUUAGAAGCUGACUAUUAUGACCUGCAACUUCAGUUGUAUGAAGUACAGUUUGAAAUCUUGAAGUGUGAAGAGUUACUAUUGACGGCGCAACUAGAAAGCAUCAAAAGACUUAUAUCAGAAAAAAGAGAUGAAGUGGUGUACUAUGACACUUACGAAAGCAUGGAGGCCAUGCUGGAGAAGGAAGAGAUGGCAGCAUCUGCGUACUUACAGAGAGAAGAGCUGCAGAAACUUCAGCAGAAAGCACGCCAGCUGGAAGCAAGACGUGGACGGGUUUCUGCCAAGAAAUCCUACCUCAGAAAUAAAAAGGAAAUAUGUAUUGCGAAACACAAUGAAAAAAUCCAACAGCGCACUCGGAUUGAAGAUGAAUAUAGAACCCAUCACACAGUACAACUAAAGAGAGAAAAAUUACAUGAUGAAGAAGAAAGAAAAAGUGCCUGGGUUAGCCAAGAGAGACAGAGAACACUGGAUAGACUUCGAACAUUUAAACAGAGGUAUCCUGGGCAAGUCAUACUUAAAUCAACCAGAUUACGACUAGCUCAUGCAAGAAGAAAAGGUGCAGCAAGUCCUGUUCUCCAAGAGGAUCAUUGUGACUCUCUACCAAGUGUGUUACAGGUAGAAGAGAAAACUGAAGAGGUGGGAGAAGGAAGAGUCAAGCGUGGGCCAUCACAGACAACAGAACCCCAGAGCCUUGUACAACUUGAAGAUACUUCAUUAACACAACUUGAAGCCACCUCAUUACCUCUCAGUGGUGUUACCUCUGAACUGCCUCCCGCUGUAUCUCUUCCACUUUUGAAUAACAACCUCGAACCAUGUUCUGUUACCAUAAAUCCACUCCCACCCCCUCUUCCUCCAACACCACCACCUCCCCCACCUCCUCCCCCUCCCCCACCACCACCACCUCUGCCUGUUGCUAAGGACAGUGGCCCAGAGACACUGGAGAAAGAUCUGCCUAGAAAGGAGGGGAAUGAGAAGAGGAUCCCAAAGUCAGCCAGUGCCCCCUCAGCACACCUCUUUGACAGCAGCCAGCUGGUCAGUGCACGGAAGAAGCUCAGAAAGACUGCUGAAGGUUUGCAGAGGAGGAGAGUGAGCUCACCCAUGGAUGAGGUGCUAGCCUCCUUGAAGCGUGGUAGUUUUCAUCUGAAAAAGGUUGAACAGCGAACUCUGCCUCCUUUUCCUGAUGAAGAUGAUAGUAAUAAUAUCUUGGCACAAAUAAGGAAAGGGGUAAAAUUGAAGAAGGUACAGAAGGAUGUUUUGAGAGAAUCCUUCACACUUCUACCCGAUACAGACCCUCUAACACGGAGCAUCCAUGAAGCUCUUAGAAGAAUUAAAGAAGCAUCCCCAGAGUCAGAGGACGAAGAGGAGGCUUUACCUUGCACAGACUGGGAGAACUAACAAGUGACAUAACAGAAGAAAAAUAUCAUUCAAGAUUGGUUCUGAUUCUUUUGGAAAAUGACAGUUUAAGCACUUGGUUCCUCAGUUGGAUAACAUUAGAUCCAAAGUGCAUUGGUUCAGUGGUGUGAAGAAAGGAAGCACAAUUGGCAGGUUAUCACUUUCCAGUCAUUCCAAUAGAUGAUGGUUAACAUGAAUUUUACAUGUGUAAUGUUCCUGACUGCAAUGAAGAAAAGGCCUUCUGGAGAUUUCUGUUUUUUAAGCACAUUCUCCUUCCAUCCACAUAUUUACAUCCUUGUAAUGGCCAGUUAAGCUAGGGCUUGCUGUAAGUUGGAAGAACACUGGGUUGACAGAGAUCUACUGUGAGCUGUAUUGGGACUGCUUUGAGAACCAUCUUUCAGUGCACUGAAAAGUCAUCUGAAAAAAUAGCUUCUUCCAUAUCAGCUUAUAUUAAAUACUGUGAUACUCUGAGAAAGUUUAUCAUGAUAGCUGUAAGUCAGGCAUUAAAAUCAAAUGGAAAUACACCUAAAAUGUCCACAUUACUCAUUUCCAAAGGAUUUUUCAUAAAGAUGUUCAGCAACAUCUGAAAAGCUGCAUUUAUGGAGAUACAUCUAUUAAUAUGUUCACAACAUGAUACAUUUAACAUGGCAUAUUUUUAGGAGUCUUAUACUUUGUAAGGUUUUGAAGUUUCCGUGCUUUUAAAUCACUCUUCAUAUUUCUUGAAUUUAUAAUAGUUUGAAUUUUAUGUGCAUCCUUGUUUAUGGAAGGCAAUACUUUGAUAAUAUUUCAAUUUCAAAUUAUUUUUAUUUUGUUUGAAUUAUUGCUUGAUUGCUAUGACUGACAUGACUUUCCUAUUGAGAAUCAAAAAACAAGAUUCAAUCAUAGGGAUGCAGAUCUUAACUCUUUUUACAAAUUACCAUUUUAAGUUUUUAUUUUUAUGCUCCACAGUGAAAAGCAUGUGCUCUACAAAGAUAGAAAGUAGAGACAAGUCUCCGUGGCUGGCAUUUCACCAUCUUCACAUGCACUGAAUGGAAUUUUGGGAGAAUGCCUUUGUUAUAGUCACUAAAAUUUUAAACUUAUACACAGCUUUAGGUGCUGAUUUUGGCUGUGAUGGAGUCCUGAAGGACACAUUUAUAUGUUCCAGAUUUUCAGCAGGAUUGUUGUGGGCUUGAAUAUAUGUAGGUCAUUGGACUCAGUGUGCAGUACCCUGUACAUAUAAUUCUGCAUAAGACAGAUCUUGGCCUUUCUGUGGAGGGAGUUAAGAACUAAAAUACCAAAAAUAACUUUAUUUCUUUUAAGACAAUUAUCUGGCCUAAACCCAGAAAGCAGUACUGGAGCAAAAGCCCAGUGUAUAUGAAUUGGUAUUCCUAGAGAAAAAAAGAAAUGCUCACACCUUUGUUAUUUUAAAGUGUUUUCUUGAAAAUAAUUAGGGAGAAAAUUUUCUGGCAACAGGUUAUGUAAGACAAAAUUUUUUUAUUAUUUCAAAACAAAACAGGCACAUGCCAUCAUGCCCCAGCUAAUUUUUAUAUUUUUUAUAGAGACAGGGUUUUGCCAUGUUGCCCACGCUGGUCUUGACCUCCUGGACUCAAGCAAUCUGCCAGCCUUGGCCUGCUAAAGUGCUAGGAUUACAGGCGUGAGCCUCUGUGCCCAGCCUGGCAAAAUCUUUUAUUUAAAUGUUAGUAAUACAUUUAUUGAUGAGACUAGGAGCUUCUCUGCAGCAUCUUCAUAAUACAUUGGUUUUAGUUCCCACACUAUUCCCACAUCUUAUCUGGGAAGAUUAGAACUACAGAUGUAAUAUGGAAGCUUCAACAGCAUGGGGGUGGUGAUAGUGUCCUAUUUGCCCUUGGUAAAAUAUUAAAGCAUAUUUCUUAACCCAAAGAGUGAUUGGUUAUAUGGAUAUAUUUGAAAAAGUUAAAGCAAAUUUGCAAACCUUUACAAAAUCAUGUAUCAAUUUUAUGCUAUCCAGUUUUUACGUACCCAUGUGUCAGCAUUUCAUAUAUCCAGUUCUUUGGGUGCUGGUUCACUUUUUUUCAUUUAUUCAAAUUCAGAAAAAUACAGACGGAUAUAAUGUUAAAUUAACCAGAAACCCUGGAACAUUCAUAUCUUGAGAGGGAAUUUGCUACCCUUUUACUUUUGGGAUUUCAUUAUAAAAUAGGCUCAUUUUAUACAUAUGUCCUGUGGUCUGUCUUCCAGAGUGUGCUGUAAUAAUAAGUCUCUAGCAAAGAAAGAGUGGAGGGUGGAGGGUGUGUAGAACUCCACUCAGCCUCAUGGAUACAUCUACAACUCUCUCAACCCAUCCUGUUACAGUUCUCCAUGAAUCACCUCACACUUGGAAAAGAAGGAGGUUAAAGCAGAGUAUUGUUGGCAGCCAGCUAUGCCCAUCCUCUUGUAAAUAACUUUCCAACACACCCAUUUCCUUGCCUUAAGGUGCAGGUUCCUACUUCUACAAAAUUUCAAAUGAUUGCAGGUCAAAAACGUUUGGAGUUACUCACAAAUAAUAAUAAAAUUUCAAAUAACUAGGGUCUACUUGUCCAUCAAGAUGACAUUACCAGUGGAACCCACCUGUUAAUUUUAAAGUAGCUUCAGAACCCAACAACAAAAAUUAUGUAAGCCUGGUUAAAUGUCCUUUUUUCUUCUUGCCUCUAAUAAAAUCAGGAUCUUCGGCCUUGAUACUAAAUAUGUGUAUAUUUAGUUAUGAUGGUACUUGUAGAUGCUCACAUUUCCAGUUCCAAACUCGCCCGUACUUUUUAUGUGCUUCAAAAUAUUUGACACAUUUCUGUUAAUAUAUGAUUUCUGUAUCCACAAACAGCUGUUUGCUUAUGCUGAGUCAAUUUAGAAGUUAAUUUGCCAAUCUAGUCUCAACUGCAAUGCAUUUAAAAUAGGUAAAACAAGUAAAUGAGUUUGGGACAUUUUGAGAUUAAUGUUACUGUCCACUUGACUGUCAAUUUCAAAUGGCUCCUAAUGCAACCAAAAUUAUAACCAAUGUAGCAUGUGUAGGAAAGGUAUUUUUAAUUAUUUAAAAUCAUUGUGUAUAUUACAGCAGUAUGAGGAAUGCCUGGCUAAAGAGGAUUUUUUAAAAGAUGAAGAAUGGUUUUGCUUGUAUUAUAUAGGCUUACUGAGUUUGUGAGCAGCAUAAAAACAAAACAAUCAUUCCUUAAUUCUUCAUUGUGGAACUGAAAUAUUUCUGUAAUGCAUUUUUUAAAAGGAGACUCCUAGACACAGAUGUAAUAGUGGGAAUAGAAAUGUAGAGCUUUUCUCAUAACACAAAACCAGAAAAUAAUUUUCAGCACUUUCACUUACUCUAUGUAAUAAGGAAAAAAAAUUGUUUCCACAAAGUUGAACUGUGUAGUAAUAUUUGGUAACACAUGGCAUGGUCACUUUAUAUCACAGAAUGUGUGUCAAGUUGCAAAGCAUACUUGGGCCAUAGUAGACACUAAGAAUUAAAACUCUUAAAUCAGUGAAACAAAAACUAAUGGGCAGCAUUCUCUCUGUUUGGAAUGGGAUCAGUAUACAAUUAAUACAAUUUAAUUUUACACAUUCCCUAAGACACCAUUUUUAAGUUACAGUCACAUGAGUGUGUUUGUUUGUAUAAAUUUAAGUCAAUGCUUUUAGCCUAGGCAAAGCUUUUUGUUCACUAAAUACAAGGUUUUUUGGGUUUUCUUUUUUCAGCUUUAUUAUUGAAGUAUUACAAACUUAACAUCAGAUACCAAUGUGUAAAAAGUACUAUUGGGUCCUUAAGGGCUCUGUCAGGGAGUUGAAAUUUCAUACGCUUUACCAGGUUACUUGUAAAAAAUGAACAGCUGUAAGACAUUUCAAAACCAUUGCAGACACAUUGUUAAAAUGCAGCCAUUUGAUAAUGAAAGCAGAAACCUUAAGUUUUACCUAAUUAUUGCACUAAAUGUAAAUGAUAACAUAAAAUUAAGUGUGCAUUUUAAACAGAUUCUAUUUCCCACUUACUGCUUAGCAUAGAAAAAGAGCUAUGGUUAGAGGAGUGACCAGCAAGAUUUAUUUCAGAUGGAAAAGGGGUGAGAAAGUGGAAGCACCUUACUGUUAGAGCAUGUUGCAUCUAUUUAGUGCUACUGAACAAUUCAGUAGUUAUUUCUGAACUUUGCUGCAAAGUGCUCUUUAGUUAAAGCACAUUAAGAAGGGUCACUGCUUAAUUGCUUUGUAAAAUGAAGCAAUGGUAUUUUUUAUCUGAUAUAGUGUAAUUUAAAAGUUUUCCUACAAAGUGAGUUUAUAUUGUUGCCUAAACUAUGUUAUGUAAGCAAAGGGUUUGGAAAGGCGGGAGGGAGUCUAGAUUCGGCGAGAGAGUGCGUUUGUGUGUGUGAAUGUAUGAAAAGUUUCCCCAUUGGGUUAUUCUCAAGAUAUGUUUAUUGUAAAGUUUUCUACGUUUUGCCCACAGUAAAUGUACAACUUCGCAAUUGUAGGAUUUAAUUGAUUGAUUGAAUUCCAAAUUUAUACUCUCUUCCCUUCUGCAGAGACAUUAUGCCACUGUAAGGUGCAUGUACAGAAAAUACCUCUGAGGUUGACUUGUUAAAUAACUGAUGAAUGUUAUUUCACACUGAAUCUCAAAGCAGUCAUUUGUUUUGCGGGUUAGGGGAAAGUUUUGUUUUUUGCUGGUGUUUUUUGUUGUUUUUAAUUAGGCACACUAAGAGUGGCUAAAUUUGGGGGAGUUGGUGGAUAGGAAAGACCUUGAAAAGUGAUGUGUAGAUGAAAACACAAGGUAUGGAUGUUGGUUACAGAGUUCAGUUUUAACAAGGGAAAUUUGGGGAUUUUUUUUUUUUUACUUGCAUGUUCUAUGGGUAGCUAUCAAAGGGUGUAACAAAUUAUUCCAGCUUUUCCCAAUACUAAUUAUAUUGGUUUUAAGAAGUCUGCAUAAUCACUAGGUGGCAUUUUCCCUUCAUUUGUGAACCAAGAGGGGUAAAUGAUGCUACCCAUACAAUGACUUCUGAGUUCUUUAACUUUGACAGAAUCUCCAUUGUUUCAUUGAAUUUCUCAUUGUAUUAUAUGUCUUUCCAAGCGUGCAAACUAUAAUAUGUAGUUAAUGAAAAAUGGAAGGCUGCAGAUUAUUUUGCAUGAAUAAUUAAUUGUCCAUUUAGGGCUAAGGAGACUGACAUGAUUUUUAUCGGUUCUGGGUAAAUGAAAAUUUUAAUGGAAAACUCAUUCACCAUUUACUAGCUUUGUGCAAUAUUAUAAAAGGUAGAAGCAAAACACUAGCACAUUGUGCUUGGCUUGUAAGGAUGGCUUUAGUACCAUUACAUUAAAUGGACAAUGUGCACAGUGUAUUGUAAAUGCCAACUCUUGCAAAUUUACAAUACUUAAAUAUGUUCAAUUAACAUUCUAAAGUAUUAAAAGUACAGAGGAAAAACUAAGCAAGCAUUUAUAGCAAUACCAUGAAAUCUCCAGUAAUCGUUUUGACGACUGUUGCCUUUUGCUCUUUAGUGCAGCUUUUCUGCAUUGUAAUUGUAUUGCUUUGUAUUUCAUGUUUUUUACACUCAUGACUUCAGAGUUAAGUACUUGUACACCAAGUAUUGCAAUCACCUUUCUCUUGUUGUACAUGCAAUGUAACAACCUACAGUUUUGGUGCUUUUAACAAUAUUCCUCUUUUUCUUUAAUAAAGGAUAUUUAUUUGAAUUAA